GACAGUGGUCUCGGGGAACCGCAGGGCAAAGGGAAGUUGCGUCGGUCUCAGGAACAGCAGAAACUUCUGGCUCACCGCUCCUCCUGCAGGAGCGGUCAGACCUGCCGGACGCCCUCGGCCAACACGCCAGACGAGGAGGAGUCUCUGUGGCGCUGUGAGAAAUCUACGGAGGGCAGCUCACCCGUGGAACCGCAAGCCUGGCAGUUGGCUCCAGAAACCUACGAAAACGACUCAGUCACGACUGUCGAGUAUCAGCCCCUGAGCACAGAGCUCCUCGCCUCAACUUCCUACCAGUCCUCCGAGGGCGUCAGUUGCAGUAACUAUGCCUACGUUUCUAUUGCGCCUGCUGCUGCAGCUGAUGAGACCAAGCCUGCGCUGAAACCCGCCUCCCCGGAGGCCAACAGUGCUUGCACCUUCUUUGACAACUUGACGACGACUUGUGACGAAAGUUGCAGUGAGGAAAUGCUGGUAAUGGCCUCCGUGGAUCACCCCUGUUGCCUUCGUCUUCUCGCCCUCUGCAUGACGGCUAGACCCCAACUAGUCACCUCCUUUAUGCCGCUGGGCUGUCUCCUAAACUACCUGAUCCGACAAAGGGUACCCCAACAACUGCGGGCUCCCAGCGACCGAACUCAAGCCACGCCGGCGAGCAUGCUUCUCUGGGCCGAACAGAUCGCCAGUGGCAUGGCGUACCUUGCUUCCCGUGGCAUCAUUCAUCGCGACCUUGCAGCACGCAAUGUCCUGGUAGAGAGUCCCACUCAGGUUAAAAUUACGGAUUUUGGCCUGGCUAAAUGCCUCGAGAAUGUCGGAAGCGAGUACAAGGCGCACGGUGGGCGAAUGCCAGUUAAGUGGCUUGCCCUAGAGAGUAUACGGUUGCGUAUUUUCUCCAGCAAGUCUGAUGUUUGGAGCUAUGGUGUCACACUCUGGGAAGUAUUUACCUUUGGGAAACGGCCAUUCGAACACCUAAGUGCACGCUCUCUGCUGCAGCAUCUGGAAAGUGGACAACGUCUCUGCCAACCACCCAGUACAAACCUCGAUUUGUAUGCGCUGAUGGUUAGCUGUAAGUUUACAGAAUUUACCUGUAUUUCUUCUGAAAGUUGA